AUGAUUAAUAAAUCUUCUUAUGUUAAUCCUGAACAUUUGGACUAUUUUAAAUUUGUUGGACGUUUAAUUGCUAAAGCAAUAUAUGACAAUAAACAAUUGGAUUGUUAUUUUACAAGAGCUUUCUACAAACAUAUUUUGAAUAUUCACGGUUUGAAUUUUAUUUUUAAUGCUAGAAUUUAA